UAGCAAAAAGCAACCACUCAUCAAACCGGCAUCAGCACCGAAAAAGCGAGAAAUAUUCGCCUAAGCUUAAACCAAAUUUUCGUAGAGUAGACGCCAACGCAUGCCAAAAUGACGCACACAAACACAAAUUGGAUCCUGGCAUUUUUCGGCACUCUUCUGGCUUUGGAGCUAGUGACAGGCUCCGAAAACAAUGAGUAUAUGAAGCGGGAACACAGUCUGGUGCGUCCAUUUCAAGGCGUUGGCGUUAUACUACCCCACUGGGAUUUUCUGGGCAACACAAUGGUCACCAGUAACUACAUAAGACUGACACCGGAUUUGCAAUCAAAGAGCGGCGCACUGUGGAACUACUCGCCCAUCAUGGGACGCAAUUGGGAGGUUCACGUUGGGUUCAAAGUACAUGGCAAGGGCAAUGAGCUGUUUGGCGAUGGAUUCGCCAUUUGGUAUACAAAGGAUCGGAUGCAAACUGGUCCUGUUUUUGGCAGCAAAGAUCAUUUCUCUGGGCUAGCCAUUAUACUGGACACCUACAGUAAUCACAACGGACCGCAUAAUCACCAACAUCCCUAUUUGAGCGCUAUGGUCAAUAACGGUACCUGGAGCUAUGAUCACGACCGAGAUGGCACGCAUACCCAACUGGCCGGCUGUGAAGUGCGCUUCCGUAAUGUGGAUUACGACACGUUUAUUAGCAUCCGAUAUGAGAACGAUGUAUUGUCCGUUUCAACGGAUCUCGAGAAUCGAAACGAAUGGAAAAACUGCUUUGUGGUAAACAAUGUGGAGCUGCCCACGGGCUAUUACUUUGGCAUGUCAGCAACAACGGGCGACUUGUCCGAUAACCAUGACAUACAUAGCUUCAAGUUCUUCGAUAUUGACACAAAUAUCAGUCAUGAGGAGAUCUUGCGGCGUAGCAACAUUAUUCCAAAUGCCAAAACAUUUGAAGCGCCGCGAGAGCACAAAGAUGAUCCAAAGCCAGGAAUGUCGAAUGCAAAGAUCUUUUUCAUACUGCUAUUCGUGGUGCUGGUGACGGCGGGCGUGGCAAUUUUCGCCAUAUCGUAUUUCAAGGAUCGCAAUGCGCGAAAACGCUUCUACUGAAAAAGCGAGAGCUCCAACUGCAACAGCAACAAUAAAAGCUACCAAACCUAGGCAUAGUCUACCAAAACAUCAUGUUACAAGCAGUAGCUGACAAGAAGUUUAAA